CUUGUCCAUAGUAAUGAUUUCUCUACCUUAUUUAAUCUCUUCCAUCUUUUCUACUCCCUCACUCUCAAACUCUUGUCUCAUAUAUUCAUUGAUUCAUAAUAAAAACCUACAAGAAUAGAGAAUAAAUGUAUUAUCUUUUGCUGUAUUCUUUUUGAAGAUUCCACCCAUCGACAAUUUUCUCUCUUCUGAAUCUUUAUUUUCCGAAUUCUUUCUCAGAUUUCUUUUUGUAGAGAAGCAACAAGGUGACGUUUAUUUGUCUAUAGCAAUAGGGAGGCCAAAGAUGUCAUCGUCCAAUUCUCCAUGUGCAGCAUGCAAAUUCUUGCGUCGAAAAUGCACGCAAGAAUGUGUUUUCGCGCCAUACUUCCCACCAGAUCAACCUCUGAAAUUUGCCAAUGUUCACAAGGUGUUUGGGGCUAGUAAUGUUGCUAAAUUACUCAACGAAUUAAACGCGACUCAACGUGAAGAUGCUGUAAAUUCCCUAGCCUAUGAGGCCGAAUAUCGCCUUCGUGAUCCGGUUUACGGUUGUGUUGGUUUAAUUUCAAUACUUCAACAUAAGCUCAAGCAAGUCCAAGAUGAUUUAUUGACUGCUAAGAAAGAAUUAGCAACUUAUAUUGGUCCACAAGCAAUGUUGCCAAUGCUUCAACACUCUGGGUAUCUUCAGCAGCAUCCGAAUAAUCCGUCUUCUUCUACUAUGAUGCCUUAUAAUAUGCCGCCAACGCUAGGAAUGCCAACGGGGAUGCAACAACAUGGUGGUCAAUUAAUAAUGCGCGAUCCUCAGCAGCAGCAACAACAACAGAAUCAUCAGCAAGUGAUUGAAGCUCAUCAAUUAGCCGCGGUAAUGGCAGCGACCAGGGAGCAACAAGAUAUGAUGAGAACUUAUGAGCAACAACCACCACCCCAGCAACAGCAAUUUAACGGUGGAUUUGAUUCUGCAGUGGGGCCAGUAACUGCAACAGGAUUUCAUCAAAUGAGUUCAUCAGUAUCACCUUCAUUGGGUUUAUCCUCGUUUGACAACGAUCCUUAUCAGAUUCAUCAAACACAGCAGGAGCAUCGUGGCCAGGUUCAGGUUCAGCCGCAUCAAUUGCUCCAGCAACAACAGCUACCGCAACAACCACAGACACCACAGCAGCAACAGAGAGCCAAAAGUGAAGAGGAAAGGAGCAUUGGUCCUUCAUGUUAAUGUCACGUGUCAUGAAGUUGAAGCUUUUUUCUUUCAAUAAUUUUUAUUAAUUUUGGUAAGUCUCUCCUUCAAUGCCUUCUUUUUUUAAUUUCUUUUCUCGUUCAUUUUUUACAUCAUUUUGUUAUUACUCUUGAGGGAUAACUGGUUGCAUCAUUUCUAAAAGAAUUUGCACACGUUUUCAGAAUUGGUUUUUGUUUUCAGAAUUUGCACUUUACUAGUUACAAGUUACCCGUGGUUAUCUCAGGCUUGUGCAUUAAAAUGAACAUUAAUCGUUACUCUACAUUUCAACAGUCGUUCAUUAAUCGCUUAGCAAAUAGUAAAUGAUAGGAG